CUUCGUGACUCAAGAUGGCGGCGUACGUGGCUACUCAUGACCGCUCCGUGUUAUCCAAGCCUCACGAAGAAACCAAAGUUUCUGUCAUACAAAAUACCACUCACAGGGAUAUCUUGGUACUUGGAAAUGAACUCUAUCAAAAAACCAUUGAGGAGUGCGAGAAAGAAAGGCAGCAGAAUGUGACAGAAGUAGAGCAAAGAGCAUGGCGCUUAGCUUCAGAAGAGAAAGCAAGAGCUCUGAAGUCAGCCAAAGAAGCUGCUGAAGUGGAACUGGACAAAGCUUUGGCAGCAGCUAAGAAAGCUCAGCAAGCUUUGAAGAAUCUUAAAGAGAGAUUAAAACAAGAGGAGAAACAAGCAGUGAAGGAAAUGGAGGAAAAGUGUAAGAAGGAAGAGGAGAGCAAACUUUUGCUACAAAAGGAGAUCCAUGAGAAAGAAAUAAAAAAGUUGGGAGAUCGUAUUGAUGAACAAAUACAGCUGAAACAGGCAGCAGAAAAAGAAACGGAAAGAAUAAAAGAGAUGAGAGGAAAAGUGGAGGAAAAGUUGAAGAACACAACAAUUGCUUUUCAAAACUUUAUAGACACAACAAAAGGUUUCAAUAAAGGACAGGCAGAAUUCUUAAUUUUAGACCCAUUGAAAGACAUUUCUGAAGAAACUUGAUUUUGAUAUUAAAAUGAGUUAUGCUUCAUACUAUUUUGUGUAAAUAUAUAAAUUGUUAAAGUAUUUGCCUGUAUCAUUUGAGUUGUAAGUUGUGUAUCUCUCAACUUUGUAUUAUAUUAUUUUUGUGUCAAGAAUGUAUACUGUUAGUUAAAUUAUUUGAUACAUUUAUUGUCAAUUACUGUGACUGUAAAUGUAUUUCAGAAAAAAAGGAUUGUUUAGUUGUUGAAAGCAAUUUCUGUUGUAAUUGUUGUGUAAAAUUAUUUAGUAUUUAGAAAUGAUAUCUUACGCUUUCAAUAAUUUCCAAAAUGAUUGUGGUGAAUUUAAUUAAAUAUAUUGGUAUGCCUUUCUGACAAAUUCUCUUAACGCCAGUGUAUGGCUGUCUGUCAUGAAGUAAAUGGGGUUGCUGUACCAUUUGUGGAACAAAAUAGACAUGAGCAUGCAGGAUAAGGUAAAUACCUGAGAGUAAGGGUCACACCUACAUAUAAGUAAAAUGUAUGGCUGAAAGUGAGCAACAGCCCCCCCAGAGAAAAACAAAUAAACAAAAACUGACACAAAUCAAAAGUCA